AUGACCAUUAAGUUUGCCAAGCUAGAGAAGUUCGAAGGUGUCAACUUCAGGUGUUGGAAGAAGAAGAUAAACUUCAUGCUAACUACUCUAAAAGCAGCAUACGUGCUGACUACUCCAAGACCAACGGAGGCUGAAGAAGGUGCUGCUGAGACAAUUGAAGAGAUAAGGAGGAUACAUAAGUGGGACAACAAUGACUACAUCUAUAAAGGUCACAUUUUGAACGGUAUGUCUGAUGCUUUAUUUGACAUCCAUAGUGAAGCCUUCUGUACCAAGGAGUUUUGGGACAGCACUAAAUUGAAAUAUAUCACCGAGGAUGCUUCUGGAAAGAAGUUUCUAGUUAAUGAAUUUAAAAAUUAUAAGAUGGACAAUUCAAGGUUUGUUACUGAACAAUACAAUGAACUCCUUGGCAUAUUCGGUCAGUUUAAACUGCGUCAUAUGAAUAUGGAUGAAUACAUUACUAUGUCAACCAUCAUUGACAAGCUGCCUCCAUUCUGGAAAAACUUCAAACACAACUUGAAACAUCAAAAGGAGGAACUUUCUUUGGUUCAACUUGCUAGUCACAUUCGUAUUGAAGAAUCUAUUUGUGUGAAGGAAAGUGACAAAUCUAAAAAAACCCAAAGGAAAAGUUGA